AAUGGCAUCUAAGAGGAUCACCAAGGAAUUGAAAGACAUGCAGAAGGAUCCUCCCGUCUCUUGCAGUGCAGGUCCUGCUGGAGAUGACAUGUUCCAUUGGCAAGCAACGAUUAUGGGUCCAGCAGAUAGCCCUUAUGCUGGUGGGGUGUUUUCGGUUUCCAUUCACUUCCCUCCCGAUUAUCCAUUCAAGCCACCAAAGGUAUCCUUCAAAACAAAGGUUUAUCACCCCAACAUCAACAGCAAUGGCAGCAUCUGUCUUGAUAUUUUGAAAGAACAUUGGAGCCCUGCCCUCACGGUUUCAAAGGUGUUAUUGUCGAUAUGUUCGUUGCUGGCGGACCCAAACCCAGAUGAUCCUUUGGUGCCAGAAAUUGCACAUACCUACAAGACUGAUAGAGCCAAGUAUGAGUCCACUGCUCAGUCCUGGACCCAGAAAUACGCCAUGGGUUAACACUUUGGGACCCCUUUUCUU